AGUUGGAUGCCGUCUCGUGUUUUUUUUUUUAAUAUGUAACAAGGAACAAUCCAGAAAGAGGGAAAAGGGGCGGGCUUCGAUCGAGAUCGCCUGAGGAUAAUUCGUGCCCCUUGCGAUCUUGAUUCUUCUUCCUGUUCAUCGCAUUUUGGAUCUGGCUACCGACGUCGAUUGCUGGACCUUCUUCCCGUCGUCGUCGAUGUUAAUCUUCUAAUCCGAGGCAAAAGCUUGGAUUUUGUUUUGAGGCGGAGAUUGUUCUUCGACGCGAUUGAUUGGUUUCUCCUUCGGAGGGAUUUUCAGAUAAAAUUUUGCUAGGUUUUUCGUUUCCAAUUUCGCCAGAUUGGGGGAAAAGAUGGCGUCCUCUGCGUUGAAGGCUGCGGCGGAGGUGGUCGGGCGUGCAGCGCGUAAGCAGGCUCUGACGCUGACCGAUGCGGCAGCGGCGAGGAUACGCCACCUGCUCGACCUCCGUCAGCGACCGUAUCUCCGGCUCGGCGUCAAGGCCCGCGGCUGCAAUGGUCUGUCUUACACCCUUAACUACGCUGAUGAAAAGGCUAAAUUUGAUGAACUGGUGGAAGACAAGGGUGUCAAAAUACUAGUUGAUCCAAAAGCUCUUAUGCAUGUAAUUGGAACGAAGAUGGAUUACAUUGACGAUUCACUGAAGUCUGAAUUCAUUUUCAUAAAUCCUAACUCGAAAGGGCAAUGCGGAUGCGGAGAAUCCUUUAUGACAGCAAGCAAGGCUCCAAAUGCUAAACCAACUCAUCAAUAACACUAUCCUAGUUAACAGGUCUUGAAUGUUAUAGUUAUCGACUUACUAUUGGCAUCAAACAGUUGAAGGCAACCUACUCGACUCAAGUUUGUUUUUUCAUGUCGGAUAAGAUUUAUAACUCCAUUUGUUUCCUUAUUAUACAGUUGCAUCAUGCCAAAGAGAGAUUUUGUGUGUGGAUAUCAUCAUAAGGAUCUUGAUAUGAUAGAAUGACAUUGAGGUAUUUCGCUAUUAUGCGGCGUCUGGUGAUAUGUAAGCGACUAAGGAUCUCAGUUAUACCUCAAAGAGCAUUCCUAAAGUUUCUAAACUAA